GCUUGAGGUGGGGGAGGGGGAGUGGAGCCCAGAGCAUCUCUGCUCUCUUAAGAGACUUCCUAACCCUUGCCUCGGCUGCAGCCUCCCUGCCCAAAGAAGAGCCUCGGAGACAGGUGGAGAGGGAGAAGGCAGGAGCCAUGGCGGCCCGGCUCACUAUUCUGCUCCUUCUGGGGCUUUGGCUGGACCCAGAGAUGGAGGCAGAGGCAGCCAUAUAUGUAGACACAACCCCUCGCCUCUGGAUAGAGUCUGAAUCCCCAUCCACACCCUGGGCCAACGUGACCCUCCAGUGCCUGGCGACUAAUACUCUGGCAACGAAAUUCCAGCUGCUGAAAGAUGGGGAAAUUUUCUCUUCCCUUUCUGCCCUUGAACCCUGUGCCAGGUUCCCACUGGGGCCGGUGACAGCUGACAACAAGGGCAUUUACCGGUGCCAGAUCCAAUGGGAAGAAAACCACUGGAGUCAAAUAAGUGCCCCAGUGGAGGUAACAGGGACAGAGCCCCUCCCAGCACCCUCCCUCCAGGCUGAGCCCGGACCUUGGAUCCUCCAUGGCCUGGAGACUGAGCUGCACUGCCAGGGGGGGCUGCUGGGCAUGACCUUUGACCUGUACCAGGAAGGAGAGCAGGAGCCUGUGGACAGCUCCCACACCCCAAGACCAGAAGCCACCUUCAUCAUUAAGAGCCCUGGGAACUACACCUGCCAGUACCGACCCCCCACGAUGGCCUCCAGGGUGAGGUCGGUGCCCAGCGAGACCAUACAUGUCGGGAUACCAGCCUCCCUCCCAAAGCCCUCUCUCGAACCUCGGGGCAACCUGGUCAUCAGGCCUGGAGGCUUCGUGACCUUCCGGUGCAGGACGAGCUUCUCAGGGCUGCAAUUCAAGCUGUUAAAAGAUGGAGAGGAGGCGUUUGUCCCCGCGAUGUCUUCGACGGACCCCCAGCUGAAUGACUUCCACCUGACAGAUCUGGAGCCUGGGGCCGGGGGCAAGUACAGCUGCCGCUACCGGUUUCAGCAAGGGCCACUGAUCUGGUCGAAAGACAGCGAGUCCCUGGAGCUCAUCCUGACCACGGAGCCAUCUGGGGCCAGGGGCCAGGUGUGGCUCAGGAUGACCAGAGAUGCCCCCUUCCUUCUGCAAAGAUCAGGGAAGACUCCUGCCCUCCCAGAAACCAGAUCUGUGAGCUGUCCUGGCUCUGGAGAUAACACUGCCCCCGAGGCAGCUGAUCCUGAGCCCGGAAGGUCUGGGUGGGUUACUGGUGUGGUCCCUCCUGGGGGAUGAGGCAACAUC